CUACUAGCUUGUGUGCCGGACUAAUCGCUGAUCUCCAUUUGGAGGAGUCUUCCUUUAACACCAGAGGAAAUAUGCGCCGCAGCUCAACAGCCUUUCAGUACACAGCUCCACAAGAACAAGAGAAGCAGAUUGCUGCUUUUUCACCUGAAGAGAUCAUCUCAUAUUACCAUGCAGAGAGAUAACAACUAAUUUUAUCAUUGUUUAUCAACAUUGUUUCCUGAGUGUGCGACCUGGAUUUUAUUUUUCCUCCCUAGAAAACUAUUCCAGAGUAUUCCAUCCUUGAUAUUUGAUUGUCAUGGCAUCCACCGACUUGUUAUCUUUCUACGAUUUCAUCGAUGAGCAGAAUAUUUUGGGAACAAAUGAAACCUGGAUCACUUGUAUAAAUGACUCGGAUUGUUGGACCUGGGAAAUUAAUCAUUGUUUUCAAAACAUCAACAAGAGUGCUGUCCUGUAUACAAUAUCAUUCUUUUACUUCCUGAUUUUUAUUAUCGGUUUAGUGGCCAACAUUGUUGUUGUAUAUAUGAACGUGAAAGUGAAUCAAUCCAGACACGAAACACACUUCUACAUCCUGAAUCUUGCCAUUGCAGACUUGUGUGUGGUAAUCACUCUCCCUAUAUGGGUCAUUUCCUUCAUUCAACAUGGUACAUGGCCACUUGGAGAGUUCAUGUGCAAAUUUACUCACCUUAUCUUCAGUGUCAACCUGUUUGGAAGUAUCUUCUUUCUAACAUGUAUGAGUGUGGACAGGUAUGUAUCAGUGAUGUGGUUCCAAGAUGCUUUUGACCAAAAGAAAGUGUUGAACCGUAAGGUUAUAUGCGUGUUUGUCUGGAUUUUUGCCUUACUAGUGUCAGUUCCAGAUUUAAUUUUCUUGAAAGUGAAUAACAAUACUCAUGGUGAGCCCAUCUGUCAUUUGUCUUAUCCUGAGGACAACUAUCGAGAUUGGAUGGCUGGGAUGGAAAUAACUUGCAUUAUUAUUGGAUUUCUUAUCCCAUUCCUCAUUAUUGCAGUCUUCUAUUUCCUCUUAGCAACAGCCAUUCCCAUUGCAAAUGACAAUGAGAAGAAAAAUAGCCGGAAGAUAAUAUUUACCUAUGUGAUUGUUUUCCUUAUCUGUUGGUUUCCUUACCACUCUAUUCUGUUUCUUGAUGUUUUGUGGUUCCUAAAUGUUUUAUCUUUCAGUUGUCAACUAGAAAAGUUCAUAUAUGUGUCUCUUCACAUCACUCAGUGUCUAUCUCUGGUACAUUGCUGUGUCAAUCCCAUACUCUACAGCUUCAUCAACAAAAAUUAUAGAUAUGAUCUUAUGAAAGCUUUCAUUGUCAAAUACUCUGUGAAAUCUGGUAUCAUAAAACUUAAGGAUACCACAGAAACAGAGUGCUGCAUACUUGAGUGUUCCUAAUGUAACCGUUCAUUUUUAAACAGACAUUUCCUUCUCAAAGGCACAAUUAGCUACUGUGGCAAUUCUACUGAUUUUUGUGCAAUUUCUAUUGUAACCUAAAAGGACUUGAGAUGCUAAUUAAAUAUUUCUGGGCACCAUGAACAAAUUUCUAAUUGAGGGAGUUUACACUUGUAAGCAUAUACUUGUCAGAUUAUAUGGAACCAAUUAGUCUUCAAGUUCACAUCUAAGCUACAUAUAUUGAUAAUAUAUACACAAUCUUUAUAUAUGUUUAUGAACUAUAUUAAAUACAGGAUUACAAUAAUAUAAUAUGCUGGUUCGAGGGCUCCAGAUAUUAAGGGAACCAUCUCCUUCCGAGAUGCAGAGAUACCUAGGGUAUGAGUGUAGAAUUAUUUCUACUAACAAAAUCUUAACUACCUUUAAUAUUGCAGUAUUGCAAUAUUCAUUUACAGCAUGCUUCCUCUGCUGAAACUCCCUUUUAUAACUUUUGAAAAAUAAAUCACACGUUUGUUUGCAAAAAAUGUAGAAAGAUAGUAUAUUUCUUUAAAUGGUGAGAGAUUGAAAGAUGUUAGUUUUCAGAGAGAACUGGGUGUCCUUGUACACACUCAGUGUAAGUUUGUCAGCAUUAAUUCCAAAGACGAUCAGUAGCUUGGCAUUUACUGUAAGAGUAAAGAUGUCUCACAGCCCUACAGAUACAACAGCCUUCGAGAUGGGCAGGGUAGAAGAUGAGUGCUAGUCCCAUGACAGGUGCUUAAGCGUAUUUGAUUAAUGUACUCUAGAAAUCUGAAGAAUGAAAAGUGAUGUCAUUGAAACAUGCAAAAUUAUUUUGAAGCUUGACACAAUGAUUUUCUUUUCCUUUGCUUGGAUUUCAACAACCAAUGAGCGCAUUCUCGAAAUAAGAAGUCAACCAUUCAAAGCAAAGAUGGUAUGAAAUUUCAUCCAGAGCUGAUAGUAAAACUUUAUAAUUCCCUCCUAAAGGGUUUGUGGAAGAUCAGCAGUUUAUUUUCAAGAGAGAGAUGAACAGAUUUUUUGAAAUUCAGAUAUCAAAGGGAAAGGGAUUAGUGAAGAAAAGUGGUGUUGAGGUUAAAGAUAGUCUAUGAUAUUACUGAAUGGGACGGCAGACAUGAGGGACUGAAUGGCCUAUUCUUUCCUGUUUUAUACAUUUGUAGCAUUUCAGUGCACCCUCAAAGUCUAUAGGCUCAGAGUCAAGCCGUAUUGCCAUAUUCUAUCCUUCAAUGUUUGCAUUUCUGCAUUUCCAUUUACUCCCACAUUGGUCCAGAAAUACAAUUGUGGUCAAAUCCUUCUAUGUCAUUCAACCUUCCUAACUUUGUAAUCUCCCGUUGAGGCACCCUAUUUGAACUCUGUGUUUCUCUUGUUGCUAUUUGUGCAUCCCUUAGCAUUUUGCACUGUUCAUGAGGACCAUGCCUUUAGCUAUUAAAAUGCAGACUCUGAAAUUAGCCCUUAAACCUCUUUGCUUUCCUCAUUUCCAAACUUUUGCAAAUGUUUUCAGUCACUCCUCUAAUAAUAUUUCAUUCUUAAAACUUGGCAUUCAGCUUCUUUAUAAGUCUCUAUGAUGCUUACCUGCACUGAAGUCAGCUUAUAAAUACAGUUUAUGAAUAUAACUAUAGAUAUCUGUUGAAUUCAAUGCCACCACCCUAAUGGCUUUCCUCAUAAGUUAUUCAACAUUUUGACUUGUGUUUGAAAAUGGUUUACUUUCUUACUCCAAUAUUAUUUAUUUAAUUUAUGUAAUUGGUGCAUGAUUUCUUAAGCAUAGAAUAAAAGUUCCAAAUGCAUGUCGUUAAUUGAUGGAAACUAAAUAAUAUUCUGCUCCAUACCUAGACUUUCUUGAAGUACCACGUCUGGUUAAGCGAUAGGAUUUGUAUCUCCAAUUCAUAAAAUUAUAAGUUUUGAACUGAUACUUAAGUGGAAAUGAGACAUCCAACUGAGACCUUUCCUUUCCACACAGGAAUGUGUGCAUGACCCAAUGACAUUUUUCACAGUUUUCCCAAAGGUAGCAGAGAUAAACAUAUCACAAUUAAGGUGCCAGGUCAUUGGCAUUGUGUUAGCCGCAAUUAGUUGAUUGACGGUAAAGCAGAUUAUGUGAUUACUGUCCCAUUAUUAUUAGUGAGAUCAUUCUGUACGACAAAUGGGCCGUGAUUUUCCUUUUAUUACAGUUUGAUUCCUGAUAUACAAAAUCGACAGUUGUGACAUUCCUUACUGGGAAAGGCCUAGUUUCUGUUUAAUGCUCUAAAAUGUGACACAGAAUUAAAGAUGGAAGUUAGCAGCUGUUUUGUUUAUUAAGCACAUGAAUCAGUCCAUGGCCAACUUUCUGGAUGUAUAUAUCACAUAUACACAAUUCUUUCAUUUGUUUUCAUGAGUAAGCUGGGUUCGAAUGCUGCCACCAGAUUUUCUUCCUGUAGUUAACGUUAUAGCCAACUUGAUGCAUAACCAUAUCCUCAUAUAACAUAUAUUACCCUUAUUUACAAUGUAGGAUACCAUUCUGCCCAUUAAAGCUAUGCCAGCUCUCAGUCCAAUUCCCCAUUUAUUUCCCAAUAACCUACUCUUUCUAAUAUGUCCAUCAACUCCCCCAGUUCUCUUACCAUAUACCUAUAAUUGGGACGAUUUACAGUAGUCAAUGAACUUACCAACAUGUCUUUAAUAUAUGGGAGAGAACCAGAAUAGUCAUGCAAAACCCACACAGCCGCAGAAAAACUCUGAAAACUCCACAGAGAUAGCACUAGAAGUCAGGAUCAAAUCCAUGUCACUGGAGCUGAACAUAGAACAUAGAACAUAGAAUAGUACAGCACAGUAAAGGCCCUUCAGCCCACAAUGUUGAGCUGUAUGGUAGCAGCAUUACCUACUGUGCUAUUAUGCCUUCCAAUUUUGUCGUUAACUGUAGCUUGACAGUUUGACAUGUAAUCAAGGGAUUCAGACAACUCACUUAAGGAAGUGGUGAUUGAUUUGUAUAAAGUAUAGGCUGGGAUCUAACUGAAGGAUUCAGAAAGAGGAUUUAUCAUAUUUGGAAUAAUUGGUAUCUUGGUAUGAAUACCAGGGUUUACAUACAAAAUUUGGAUUUGAAAAAAUAGUUUGUUUCUGAGUUUGUUAUAUUGAUGGAAGCUCCAAUGUUGAUACAGCUUGCUAAUAAUGUUAGUAUGAUAAUAUCCAUGCAGCAAGAUGGCAAAUAAUAAAAAAAUCUUUGUUGAUACAAAACGCUGCAUCAAAGGCAAAGCGAUUAAAAAUAUUGUACAAGCCUCAUCCUAUAGUGAAUCACACUGCAAAAUGUUAAAGUGCUCAGUUGUGUUAACAAUACAUUGGUAUACAGUGGAUUCUGUUUAAUUGGGACACACUGGAUCAAUACAUUUUGGCCCAAUUAAGCAGCUGCCCCAAUUAGCUGAACUUCCAUGGAAAUACUUAAAAGGUAUAAAAAAAGAUCAACUACAGUUUGACUGAGUAACAAUUUAUGUAGUUAAAUGAAAUACAGAACAAGUUUGAAACCAACCAAUAUUAUUACAGUACUAUAAAACUGUGUAUUAGUUCAUAAUAGUAACCAAUGAGGAAGUGUGUAUACAGUGUAUACUACUGCAUUCUUUUUUAAAAAUUUACUUCUUGAAAUACAGUGUGGAGUAGGUCAUUCCUGCCCUUUGAGCCACACUGCCCAACAACCCCUGAUUUAAACCUAUCCUAAUUAUGGGACAAUUUACAAUGACCAAUUAACCUACCAACCGGUAAGUCUUUGGACUGCAGCAGGAAAUUGGAGCACCUGGAGCACGGGGAGAACGUACAAACUCCUUACAGACUGCAGCAAGAAUUGAACGCAGAUUGCUGGUAAUACAAAGCAUUACGCUACUGUGCUGCCCUUUUGAUUUUGAUUCUGUGCUGUGCUUUGCAAAACCAACAAAAUCAGCGCAGACGCCCUAAUUUAGGUAAUGGAUUGCCUUCAUACAAUGCUUUCGACAAUUUCAUCCUCCAAAUCUUCAUUUUCAUUGUAACAUUAAAGAUAAUUGUCGAUAUUUUCAAAUUCUUCAUAGUUCCUAACCUGUUGAAGUAGUAAACUGGUUUCAUUUUCACUCCCGGCCUUUUCUGGCAUCUCCAAGUCUGAAUGCUUGAAACCACAAUGAGCAAAACAGUUCUGUAUUGUCUUACUACUUAACUCACAGCAACUUUCGGUGACAAAAAUUCUCCCAAAUAAGGGGCUACCCCAAUUAACCGAUGGCCUAAUUAACCAAAAUCCACUGUGUUUAGUUUGCAUAGAUCAAAGAUUUAUAAACCGUUCCAAUGUUCUGACAUAUAAGGGCAAAUACAUUUCAAUAAAUAUGAUACUGAACUUAAAUGUUGUAAAUAGUUGUCAAAUAUAGUUUUUUAAAAUGUCUGACAUAAUAUGACCGGGGAAAAUGAUCGAAGUAUUGAUGUUGUCUUUACAGAACCAUCUCCAGAGUUUCUUUUAUUUUGUAAUGAGCUGAAAUAUUACAAACCUCUCUCUAGUGUAAUUCAGUCUCCUUAAUGCCCUUAUGAUAUUCCAGAAAUAAUACUUAGUGAUUUUUUAAAAUUACGAAUCAAUAAUAAGAGUGAUCACUAUCCUGAUACAAACCAACCAUUUUUAAUGAGAAAGCUUAGAUACAUGUGUUCUGCUAAGAAUCCUGAAAUUCUUAACUGGACUGUAGAUUAGAUUAAAUAUACCACAUAGGUGAAACUAUCUUUCAUUAAAACUACCUUUUAAAGAGUUAGAGACUUAUUAUUUUAAGCCAUAAGAUUUAAACAGGGUUUCUUGGUGUCAAGUAUUUGUAAGCAGACCAUUGAAGGUGUAUGACUCUCAGUGCAGCAUUUUUAUACACAAGCUCACAACAGUAAGGAAAGAGAACAAAUGGGAUAUUGACAUAUUGGUUAGCACUGGUAUUUCAGAGGCCUCGACUAAUGGUUUGGAGAUGGGAAUUCAAAGCCCAGCAUAACAUUUGUGAAUUAAAAUUUACGUAAUACAAUGAUCUGGAUAUUUUUCGCAAAUACAGUGUGUCAAACAGAGUUAAUAUUUCACGUUGAAGAUGUUCCAUUGAUGCAUUCUGGAAUUUAAACCAGUCAUCGUAAUGGGGAAAUUAAACAAAUGGAUUGUACUAAAACCUACCUGUUUUGUUAUUGUCAUUCAGAGCUUUAUUAACAGAGGAAUUUCAUUAAAGA